AUGGCGGCGAUCAAGGGGCGCUUCUGGAAAGACCGGGAGGUUGAGGCGCUCCUUGACCUGCUUCUGGAGAGUGGCAAGGCGGCUCGCAUCAUGUGCAGCAGCCACCUUCCCACAAAAAGCCUCUUCUCCAGGGUCGCCAGACAGCUUGGCGCGAGGGGUUACCCUCGAUCCGCAGACCAAUGCCGCUCAAAAUUCAAGCGGAUCAAGGCGGACUUUUUCGGGGCCCUGGAACACUGGCAGGGGAUCCCUCGGAUGACUGCGCGACCGCCCUACUUUGCGCAGAUGCGGCGCCUUUGGGAGCAGGCAGGCCGGCCGAGUUGGGAGGACCGGAGACACGCCGCAGUCCAGAGGGGGAUAGAGCGCGCAAGGCCACAGGUGCGCGAGGAGGAGGAGGAGGAGGAGGUAGAGGAAGCGAGGCCUGCGCCAGAGGAACUUCCCCCACCUGCUGUCGAGGAGCAAGAGGAGGGUGUGCCCGAGGGAUUGGAGGCACCACCAGAGCCACCGGCCGAGCAGCCCCAAGAUGCUGGGAUGGGCAGAGACCUGGCCAUUCGGGAGGCAGCUCUGGGGGAAGACCCUGGCGGCAGGCGUGGGCCACAACAGAGCCGGCUGCGCCGACCUGUGGUGGAGGCACCACCAGAGCCACCGGCCGAGCAGCCCCAAGAUGCUGGGAUGGGCAGAGACCUGGCCAUUCGGGAGGCAGCUCUGGGGGAAGACCCUGGCGGCAGGCGUGGGCCACAACAGAGCCGGCUGCGCCGACCUGUGGUGGAGGCACCACCAGAGCCACCGGCCGAGCAGCCCCAAGUUUCUAGCGUUGGCGAGGCUCCACCAACAAGCGCGCCCCAUGAAGGCCCCUCUACCAGCAGUAUGUCAGGGCCACCAGCGAGCAACCCUCAGGGGACGGACAACGUCCUGAACGCCAUUGAGGCACUGGAGGGCCGAAUCAUGAACACCCUGAACAAUGUGCAGAGCAGACUUGACACCGUGGAGCGCCUGCUCCUCUACCAGGGAAGGAAGCACAGGGCACUUGAGAGGCGUGUUCGGGCACUGGAGCAGCAGUUGUCCGCACAGCAGUCGACUGCAAGGGAGCAGUGAGAUGACGGGGGGUGGGGGUGUUUCCAUUCGAUGCCUGUUGCAGCACUUAUUUGUUGAAAAAUAAAGUUUUUGGGUUUGUUGAACGCCUCGUUGUCCCUGUUUUGGUGCAUUGGUGGGAGCCGGGAGUGGGAAUUCAUGCUUUUGAGAAGGGCGCCUACAAGGUGAGGCGAUCCCUGGAC